UGUCAAAGGGUAUAAGCAGGCCGGCAGCCGGAUGCCCGGGCCCACUAGGCGGGCCGACGGCCGCCUGCGGGAUGAGCAGACUGCUUGGGGGGACGCUGGAGCGCGUCUGCAAGGCUGUGCUCCUUCUUUGUCUGCUGCACUUUCUUGUGGCUGUCAUCCUCUACUUUGACGUCUACGCCCAGCACCUGGCCUUCUUCAGCCGCUUCAGUGCCCGCAGCCCUGCCCGUGCCCUCCACCCAGCUGCCAGCAGCAGCACUAACUGCUCUCGGCCCAACACCACUGCCCCCAGCUCAGGACUCCCCGAGGCUCCGAGCGCCCGGCCCGGCCCCACGGCUCCUGUCCUGCCGCCCUGUCCUGACUCGCCACCUGGUCUCGUGGGCCGACUGUUGAUUGAGUUCACCUCACCCAUGCCGCUGGAACGUGUGCAAAGGGAGAACCCAGGGGUGCUCCUGGGCGGCCGCUACACACCACCUGACUGCACUCCAGCCCAGACAGUGGCAGUCAUCAUCCCCUUUCGACACCGGGAGCACCACCUACACUACUGGCUCCACUACCUGCACCCCAUCCUGAGGCGACAGAGGCUGCGCUAUGGCAUCUACGUCAUCAACCAGCAUGGUGAGGACACCUUCAACCGGGCCAAGCUGCUCAACGUGGGCUUCCUAGAGGCACUGAAGGAGGACGCCACCUAUGACUGCUUCAUCUUCAGUGACGUAGACCUGGUCCCCAUGGAUGACCGCAACCUGUACCGCUGUGGCGACCAGCCCCGCCACUUUGCCGUGGCCAUGGACAAGUUCGGCUUCCGGUUGCCCUACGCAGGCUACUUUGGAGGCGUGUCAGGCCUGAGUAAAGCCCAGUUUCUGAGGAUCAAUGGCUUCCCCAACGAGUACUGGGGCUGGGGUGGUGAGGAUGAUGACAUCUUCAACCGGAUCUCCCUGACUGGGAUGAAGAUCUCCCGCCCAGAUAUCCGCAUAGGCCGUUACCGCAUGAUCAAGCACGACCGGGACAAGCAUAACGAACCGAACCCGCAGAGGUUUACCAAGAUUCAAAACACGAAGCUGACCAUGAAGCGGGACGGCAUUGGGUCAGUGCGAUACCAGGUCUUAGAGGUGUCUCGGCAGCCACUCUUCACCAAUAUCACAGUGGACAUUGGGCGGCCCCCAUCAUGGCCCCCUCGGGGCUGACACUAAUGGACAAAGGCUUCCAGUGCCAAGGAUUGCCUGCCAGAGGACUGACCUACAGCCUGGCUGGCGGCUGCUCUUUUGGGGAUCCCCCGGACUGAGACUGUGGGCUCUGUUUUUGGAGGGUCUUCCCAGAUGCACCUGGAUAGUUCAGAACCUACUUUGGGGGGCUUCCAUGCUGGGCAGGCCCCUCAAGUGUGGCCCUCCCUGGAGUCGGCCCUCCCUCCUGCCCCUCCUGCCCCAGCCCAGCCCCCCUCACUGUCAGGGUCGGGCCAGCCCCUGCACUGCCUUGCGUGGCCCGGGCUAGGUCACUCCACCUCUGUGUGCCUCAGUUUCCCCCCCUUGAGUCCCCUAAGGCCUGAAAGAGUGGGAGGUAUGACUGGGGGGCAUUCACUGUUGCUUCCGGGGGGAAUUCUCAGACCUGGGGAUACCCCAUGUUACCAGGGGAGGGGAAACCUUUUUCAUUCAACAUUGUAGGGGCAAACUCUGGUGUGCCCCCUGCUGAGGAGCAGCUCCAGGAGGGGACCAGGGGGGUGCUGUGUCGCUGCCUGGAAUUGUGGGGUUAGGCUUUGCAUGGAGGGUGGGUGGGGCUUGGAUCAGUCAGCUGCUUCCUGCCUCCCCACCUCAGAGAGAAGGCAGCCCCAGGGCCGGCUCGUGUUUGUACAUUGCACAGAAACUUGUGUGGGUGCUUUAGUAAAAAACAUGAAUGG